AUGGGCAACGUCACCAUAUAUGGGCCUGAGGAGCUAAACAGUCAAGUCGCAAAUUACUUUCUGUCCUGUUUGAACAGCACCGGCACCGACUAUCGACUCUAUGUCGAAGAUUUCGGAACAACUAUUGCCUUACCACCAACCAACCGAACCAUUGACUUCGAGGGCGAAGAUCAGGGACUUUUUGAGUGCAUCGUCAAGGUGAACCUUCAGAUGGAAGUGGCUGCCGAAUCGACAUUAUACGACCAAGGUGAAUCUCAAACUGUGAGGCCCAGCAGCCUUGUCACAUAUGAGUGGCUGAGUGAACAUGGUGGCCUCGGCAAAAAACCAGUUGGCUCGCGGCCCCCGAAAACGAUGGGUGCUUCAUUCACAGCAGAUGCGAGAUCGAUCAUACCAAGGCAGUCCUUGGUAUACUGGGCCUAUCCAGCAAGCGACACGGGCUGUGAAAACAGUGACCUCAUAGCGUCCUACGCCCACCACUGUCAUAAUUCCGCCUCGGCAUAUAAGAGCAUCCAGUUCGAAAUCUCCGCUCGGCAUGAAUACUUGAAAGUGGAGAUGUGGCCGCACCAUCAAUUGAGCCCCGCAAUGAGCAUAUCGUACUUGGUUGGGGAUGAAGUCGACCAUUCAAUCGAGAUAUAUCUCCCAUGCUUUCCAUUCGUUGGGUCAUAUCGCCCUACUGUCGAUACAUAUCAUGUUUGUCGAUUUGGAGCUUUCUAG